GAUAUGUAAAAAAGAAACGGUAGAUAUGAAAAAAAAGUUUGAUUUUAAAAUCAUUAAGAUGAUUCUUGAAAAACGGUAUUCCGACGGUAUUCCGUUUGCUUCCGUUUUUUUUUUUUUGCUCCUUUACACCCACAUACAAUAUAUAAUACAUAGUCAUAAUAGCCGGCUCGGAUUCACCUGCUCUUUCACUCGCUAAUUCGUUCACACGCACUAAUUGCUUCCUUCUUGAUCUCGUAUCGUGUCUGAGCUGGUUCGCGCGUUGCUUCACCGAGCGCGGCAUUUAUGUAAGGCAAGAAUGCCGUUGCUUGUGAAAAUAUACUGUUAGUCAUUAUAAUAAAAUAUUAAAUUUCCUAUAAAGAUAAUCUAUGUGGAUCGCGUCAUACUUAUUAGAAUAUAUUGUGCUGAAUAAUUUUGCUAAACAAUUUGUAACAAACUACAAAUUGAAAUCUUCGCAUUUUGCAGUGUUUUUUUUUUUUUAUUUAGCUUGUAAAUUGAUAUGAUCGGAGAAUUUUGAUAAAUGAGAUAUAAUUCAAAGAGAUUUAUAAUUAAUACAUUAAAGUCUAUAAUUUUUUUUCCUUUUGCUUUGUUAUUCUUUGCUUUUAAAGUAUUUUGAAACGAUUCGACGAUUGUUAAUUCACAAAGGACACUCUCCCUUCUUCUCUUUCUCUCUCAAAGUAUAUAAAGUUAAUCGUAAAGAAAUGAAUGGUUUUAUAGACGUGUAUGUCAGCAAUUAUCGUAUGUAGAAUCGCGUGACAAUGUCAAAAUAAGAAGGGUAUAAACGAGAACGCUUUCCGCGAAUACUACAAUCGCGAUAGUGAAAACGAACAAAACGCCUCGAUGGUUCUUCGCGGUUUGUUGGCCCCUGCGGCAGCUCGUUGGAGGAGAAAUAAAACUGCGAAAAGAAGUCAGAACGUCGUUCGGGACAGCAUAAACGCGUCGGUCGGCCAAUUAGGACUGUCACGUUAUGGACCGCAGGUGAUGAGCGUGCUGUGUUUAUGCACCUCCAGCAUCCACCAGUCUACCCGUAACGUCACGCACACCGGCAAGAUACUCCCGAGUCCGCCGUUAGACACCCUUUGCGAGCAGCAAAUAACGCCCUCGCAAGAAAUACCCACUGACGAGCUGGCUCUAUUAGCUAAGCUGGAGGAAGCCAAUAGACUGAUCGAAUCCGAUGCAAAAUCACUGAACUCUCUUCAAAGUAAUCAUAGCAGAAAAGGCUCCGAUACAUCACAGGUGUCUGUGGCGUCGGGGGGCAGCGGAGGUAACGGCGAUGCUGCGCCCCGACGCCACAACCCGGCCGACGGUGAAGAAAAUACGUGGACUCUCUGGGGUCACAUAGUAUCUGAUUGGGAUUAUCAUUGGAAGAAACGGAAAGAAUUUGUUAAGGAAUUGGUUCGUCAAGGCAUACCUCACCAUUUCAGGGGCAUUGUUUGGCAAUUAUUAAGUGGUGCCCAUGACUCUCCCAUUAAGAAACAAUUUGCUGAGUACAUUAAAGCAACAUCAGCCUGUGAGAGGAUAAUUAGAAGGGAUAUCGCUAGGACGUAUCCUGAACAUGACUUUUUUAAAGAAAAAGAUGGUCUUGGUCAGGAAAGUCUGUUUAAUGUUAUGAAAGCGUACAGUCUUCACGAUCGUGAAGUAGGAUACUGCCAAGGCUCAGGGUUUAUAGUAGGAUUACUUUUAAUGCAGCAAAUGCCGGAAGAAGAAGCUUUUGCUGUACUAGUAGCGCUUAUGCAAGAAUAUCGCUUACGGGACAUGUUCAAACCAAGUAUGGCUGAAUUAGGGGUAUGCAUGUAUCAAUUGGAACAUUUAGUUGCUGACACGCAUCCCGAACUUCACGCUCACUUCACGGCCCAAGGUUUCCAUACGUCGAUGUAUGCGUCCUCUUGGUUUCUUACAUUAUUCACCACAGCGCUAAGUCUUCCUCUAGCAUGUCGCAUUUUUGACGUCUUUCUAUCAGAGGGCAUGGAAAUUAUCUUCAAAGUCGCGUUAGCGAUGUUACAUUUAGGCAAAGAAGAUUUGCUCAGUUUAGAUAUGGAAGGCAUGUUAAAGUUUUUCCAGAAGCAAUUGCCUGGGAAGGCCGAAAAAGAUCCUGAUGGUCUCAUGACACUCGCUUAUGGAAUGAAAAUCAAUCCGAAAAGAAUGAAGAAAUUGGAAAAGGACUACACUAUCCUAAAGAUGAAGGAACAGGAAGAAAUGGUCGAACUACGCAGACUUAGAGCGGAUAACAGAUUGCUUAGACAAAGAACUGAACUUCUAGAAGCAGAGUCCGCGGAAUUGGCAGAUAGAUUAGUUAGAGGUCAAGUUUCACGAGCGGAAGAAGAAGAGACUGCUUUUAUAGCGCAGAGAGAAUUGGCGGCGCUUCGAUAUUCGCAUCUUGAGACGAGUCACCAACUCGAACAAGCUCAUGAGGAAUUGAGAUCGCUUUCGAUUCUUCUCGAGGAGAACAUGACGUCUAGACAGUCGUCGCUCGAUGAGAUAUUAGUGAAGCAAGAAGCAUUAUCGCAGAAAGAAGAAAUGAUACAGUGUUUGCAAGAGGAAUUGGUUAGAGUUAGAUUACACGAGGCAGAAAACGAUGCACUGAUUAGGGAACUCAGAGGAAGAAUACAAGAAUUGGAACAAGAUAAAAAGACUUUGCGUGAAUCGACACCGGACAACUCAGUUGCUCAUUUGCAAGAGGAACUCAUUGCGGUUAAGCUUAGAGAGGCGGAAGCUAAUUUAUCCUUAAAGGAUUUACGACAAAGGGUCAUGGAAUUAAGUGCAGCUUGGCAGAGGCAUCUACAAGAACAUCGGUCUGCUCAAUCAGCACCUGCCGCUGAUUCUACGCCAAAGAAGCUACUGUUUUGGGAAAAUCGGGGUCACGAAGUACAGAAGUUUGAGGAAGACUUAAUGACGACCAGGAUUCGAGAGAUGGAGGCGUUAACCGAAGUUAAGGAGCUUCGACUUAAAGUUAUGGAACUUGAAACUCAGGUGCAGGUGGCAACCAAUCAGCUUCGUAGACAAGAUGAAGGUGGGAAAGUACUUAAGGAUGAUUUGGAGACUGCGUUAGCUCGAGAAAAGGAUCUGGCUGCCAAGCUGAGGGAACAACAGCACAAAUAUUCCGAUCUGGAAUCGAAAAUGAAGGACGAGGCUAUGAUGGCCAGAAUACGCGAUGCCGAACAUGCGCAGCAAGUGGCGGAACUUAUGCAGAAAAUAUCUCUUCUCGAAUUGAAGAACGAGGAAAUGCAUGCAGAGGGCGAACUUAGAAAUAAUUUAGAUGACAGUGAAAAAGUAAGAGAACUUCAGGACAAAGUCGCUGAAUUAAAGGCUGAGGUCAUGAGGCUAGAGAGCUGGAAACAACGAUGGACGGGUCUCGGCGGGCAAACUGUGCGAAGUUUCAGCGUCGAUACUGAAAGUGAAUUGGAUGAGCGGGAUCUCAGAAUUUGCUUACAGGAUCAUAUCAAUACGACCACGCCAAACUCACCCGAGGUAUAGAAUUCUAUGUAUACCAGACCAUUAGUAGGCAGCUAACUAAUACUCCGUUAUCGAUGCGUACGAAUCUUUUGUUCGUUCGGCUUUCGCUAUAGGAAUUAACGCAUAUGCGCUUAGAUUGUAAUAUACGGGGGAGUAGACCCGUAAUAAUCCUGUUUAGGUACGUGUAUUACUACUAGGCCAAAUAUAACAAAUAUGCAUAGCCAAUUAAUUAAUUAUACUAUAACGAUAAUGAACGAAACAAUGAAAUAAUAAUGAUAGACACUGUCGGUAAUCGACCCAAGUAAUCUCGAUCGUAAUCAGGAACAAUGGUUUUAAAGAAAUCAAAUUGUAAUUUAUAAUUCGAUAUUUGGAGAUUUCUUUAAAGCUACAUCUUCUCAGAGCGAUCAUCCCAGAAAAUGAGAAUCUGUUUUAAUGCUUUAUGUGUGCAGCACUAUAGCCGAAUAUUGUUUAUUACUACAGCAAUAUAUUAAUAUUAUGAUACUUUAAACAUUAUAUUACAUGGAGUAUUAUAGAGCAUACGGAGACAUAGUUUUAACAGCACACAAAGUAUUAUAUAGAAUAUAAUAAUUGUGUUUAUUAUUUAGUAAAUGAUCAGUGGUUACAUAACAGUAAUUUUCGAUCGAGACUGAUACAUGAUAAUCUCGAAAGAAUCUAAAAUCUACAGAUUUGAAUUUGUUCUUUCUGUGAAAUUUGUUGCAAGCAAACUUUGUAUGAUCAUCUUGCAAUGUCUGAACCUCCGCCCCCAGAUAUACGCAGUUUAAUUAUUUAUUCUACAUUCUAUAUAAAAAGAGAUCGAUAUUACACCCUAGUUGAUAAGAUUAAUUCCAAUAAUUAAUCAUUUCGUAUAUAAACUUCGUAUAUUUAUCCAUUAAUAAGUAUAAGAUUCUUAAUGUAUGAUAUGUUAUAAUAUUCCCAGAUGUGUGAAAAGUUCUUGUCUCUCUUAUUUAAGAGUUCGAACUGUUUAAUAAUUGCUCGAAGCUUGAUUACGAUCCGCAGAUUAUACGAAGAUUAUCAUAGACUAUUUCGUGACACACGCAACUGUUUUUAUACGCAUGAUAUACUCUGUGUAUUUUUUGUAAUUCAUACCAAAUGUAAUCGCAUUUAAGAAGUUGUAUAUUAAACGUGACAAACGUGGUGAGAUGGGAAUGUAUUACCGUUUUUUAUAAAUAUAUGUAUUUAUAUAUGUGUGUCACGAGGGAUCAUCGCGCAAUAUACAAAUCAUGAUAUUCAUGCAACAUACAGCGUGGGUUAUCCUAAUUGAAAAAUUUGGCUAUCUAAAGUUUAUGAUACUCUCGAAUAGAAGAGUAAAUCGAAUUCUUAUUAUUGUUGUCCCAUAUAUGUAUAUCAUUUGUAAUAUAUUUAAUGAACUUAAAAAAAAAGAGAUAAAAAAAUAUUAAUUUUUACGGAUAAUAUGCAAUAUGCGCACAGCACAAAACGUGUACUUUAAUUACUUAAAUAUGAACUUUCGAGAGGGAUUGUAAGGUCGUAAUGAAUCGACCAUAAUGUCUCGGGGAAGAAAAGCUAAAGUUCUUUCUUUCAAUUAAUUUAUAACAAUUGUAGAUUGUCGAAAUUGAAACCGAACGAGAUAAUCGGAAAUGCUUGUAAAAAAUUAGUAUCCGCACAGUUCACGUUCCUUACAAUGGCUUCCUAGGAUAAUUACUUUCAAUAUAAGCACUCGCGUAAACACCUUGCUACUUUCUUUUAUAACGAGUCAUUUCAGCCUACUUGCAACGCAUCUUUUCUUGCUUGGCCUAAAUCGUUCUAUUCUUUUUACCGCGCUAACAUACACACACACACAAUUGGCAUCGAUUAAUGUUUUAAGCGUUGUAAAUCUGUGUGUAAAUGAAUCAC